CACCAAACAAGCAAAGCGAAGUUAAUAUCAACCAAGCUUUAAUUCGGCUUCUCUCUCUAGAGAAAAAAAAAAGCUAGAAAGAGAGAGAAAGAUGUCUGGAUACGAGCGAGUUGCGAAGGAGCUCGACCUAGAGGCUGGAAAUGAAGAGACCUUGUUCCCGGGGCUGAGUUUGGGUGAGAACCAGCUGCGAUGGGGUUUCAUACGCAAGGUCUACGGUAUCCUCGCCGCUCAGAUCAUCCUCACAACCGCCGUCUCUGCUGCCACCGUCCUCUACGCCCCGCUCACCAACCUCCUCCAGGGAUCCUCUGGCCUCUUUCUCUUCCUCCUUUUCCUCCCCUUCAUCCUUAUAUGGCCCCUACAUAUGUACCACCAAAAGCACCCUCUGAACUUGAUCAUCCUUGGUCUUUUCACCGUGUCACUGAGCUUCACUGUUGGAAUGACCUGUGCUAACACGGAUGGAAGGAUUGUGCUUGAAGCAUUGAUUCUAACUGGAGCUGUGGUUUCCUCCCUUACCGGGUACACAUUUUGGGCUGCUAAGAAGGGGAAAGACUUCAGCUUCCUUGGACCAAUAUUAUUCACCAGUCUUAUUAUCCUCAUCUUAACUGGUUUUAUCCAGAUGUUUUUCCCUCUUGGCCCAACCUCUGUUGCUCUUUAUGGUGGGAUUAGUGCUUUGAUUUUCUGUGGGUAUAUAGUCUAUGACACCGAAAAACUGAUCAAGCGCUUCACAUAUGAUGAGUAUAUUUUGGCCUCUGCCACUCUCUAUUUGGACAUUUUGAACUUGUUCAUUUCCAUCUUGCGGGUACUGAGGCAGGCAAACAAUUAGCUGUACAGCAAUCUCAUAGUCGGGGUGAGAUGAAACCGGAAAUAUGUAACUCGCAAGAUACAUUUUCAUCUUAAAUUGAAAUCAAGUAUGGAGAAGCUUUAUUGUGUAUAUGGUAUAUGCUGUUGACCAUUGUAUCAGUGCUGGCUAGACUGUUGCAGCUUGCAGAUUACUUCUUUUUUAUUUUUUUUUUCCCUCUGAAUCUGAGUGUGGUCAUUUGGCUGAAUAAAUUAAGUGUUGCAUAUAGCCAGCCAUAUAGCUCCAACUUGGAAUUGUUUUCCGCUUUAUGAAUUUUCUUUUCUCUUA